ACGUGACAGGGAUUCCGUUUAAAACGAGGAGAGAAACUGGUGGGUUUUUAUUAACGACUCAGUUUCUCCUUUCUUUUCCAAACACGCACAGAAUGGUAAACUCCAGCCUCGUAAAUGUGUGAGCUGGCAGUAAACCUAGCAAACGCAGAGUCCAGUGGAACUACUGAUGCCUGGAAAGUUGAAUGCAAGUGUUCUCGACGUGGGCAACAAGAAGGAGCACUGUAAAAAUAGUGUCUGUCCCACAAGAAGUCAGAGAAAAACAAACUGGGAAGUUCCUAAAGGGCAGGGGGUUGUGGAGGUCAAACACAGACGUCCUAAAUGCAUCAAAGGUCCAGAGCACUCUGCGCAAGUAAGUCCUGAGUCCUGGGCUCAUCCCCCUUAGGGAUCUUCCUUACGCGGAGCCAGAGGGUUUUGGCUUGCUGAGCCACAGAGGUGUCAGAGCUGGGUGCUGGCACUGUGCAGCGGUAGGGGACAGGUCCAAAGUAACCCUUUCCUUUCACAAAUGUUGUAGGAACGACUAGAUUUUUUUAUUAUUUUUUUUUUCCUCUAGCUCAUGCUUCUAGAAGUGUCUUUGUGACAGUGAACUAAGCAUCACUUGGUUCCUGACUUCCAAGACUCGAGUGUUGCUCAUAAUAACUGCACGCUUAGAAAGAGCUGCAAGUUUAAAAUAAUCUUACAAAGUGAGAUGUGUUUUUGGAGAGAGAAGUUAAUAAACAGCGUAGCCUGAUGAGGUUUAGGGCUUGCUGUUGAGCUUUACUUUCAGGGGCUUGUUUUACUGAUGGCUGUCUGUAUGUAGUGCAUCACUGAGGAAAGAGCGGGACAUUUCUCUUGAAUUCUUCAUUCAAGAAAGACCCUCUUUUAGAGCUUUCCAACUAUUUCAGAGAAUUGCAAUUGAAGGAAAUUAAAAACAUCAUUUACGGGCUUCAGUGCUGUUGGAGUCACUGUUGCACUGUAUGGCACAGCACACAGUUGCACAGACAGGCAUUUGUAGUCACUAAAUGAAUGUUGUACAAGAGUUAGUGGAUUGACUUUAAAGUCAGUCUUUCAUAGGACUGGCUACCAGCGUAACCCUAUUGUGGAGAAAAAUGCUGUAGUUCACUGCCAUAAACAUGGUAUGUCGAAUGUAGUUUGGAAUAAAUAGAGACACUGUUGUCUGGUAGGCUGACUGCAGGACUAGGAGCUUUUGAGUUCUGCUCCUUUUAUGACCUUGACCAAGUCACUGGAGUCACCAAGGUUUGUUUUAUUCUCUCCUGGCAGAGAGCGGGGAUAGUUCCCCCACGCUUAGCCCCAAGUGCUGGGGUCAGAGAGGGUCUUGGAGAUUAAAGUACUUUGAAAAUCAAAGUGAUGUGCAAAAAAUGUGAACUGCUUAGCUGUUGCUUUUAUAGGUUCUGCUCGUGAAACGGGAUCCACAUGGGCAAGUCUUUGUGUCGGUACAAGGUGCUGUUGAGCUUUCAGCAAAUACUUGUUCCCAUGUAUAAAGAUGUCCUUAGUGGACCUAGGGAAGAGGUUGCUAGAAGCAGCUCGCAAAGGCGAAGAUGACGAAGUGCGAACGUUGAUGGCAAAUGGUGCUCCUUUCACCACUGACUGGCUUGGGACGUCACCUCUUCACCUUGCUGCCCAGUACGGCCACUAUUCAACAGCAGAGGUGCUACUUCGAGCUGGUGUUAGCAGAGAUGCCCGAACAAAAGUGGACCGGACUCCACUACACAUGGCUGCAGCUGAUGGACACACUCAUAUUGUAGAAUUGUUAAUUAGGAAUGGAGCUGAUGUAAAUGCCAAGGACAUGCUGAAAAUGACUGCUUUACACUGGGCAACAGAGCAUAACCACCGAGACGUUGUAGAGUUGCUCAUCAAAUAUGGAGCCGAUGUCCACGCUUUCAGCAAGUUUGAUAAGUCAGCUUUUGAUAUUGCUUUGGACAAGAACAAUCCAGAGACUCUGGUAAUACUACAGGAAGCAAUGCAGAACCAGGUGAACACACAUCCAGAGAGAGCACAUCCUGUCACAAACACCGUGACUGUCACCUCACCGUUUAUUCUUGCACCAGGGGAAGUUCUCAAUCUUGCUAGUCUUGUCUCGUCAGCAAAUGCCAAAACAACCGCAGCAGGUGACUCACGUGUAUCUACUGUGCAGUUUUCCAAUUCAACAACCUCUGUGCUUGCCACACUUGCAGCCCUCGCUGAAGCAUCAGCACCUCUUUCCAACUCAAACAGAGCUACAGGUAAUACAGAGGAAAUAGUGGAAGCAAAUUCUGUCGAUUCUGCCAUACAGCAAGUGGUCGGUAGCGGAGGGCAGCGCGUCAUCACCAUUGUAACCGACGGAGUUCCCCUGGGCACCCUGCAGACAGCCGUCCCCACCAGCAGCCUCAGCCAGCCGUUCAUUGUCACCAUGGAAGAUGGACAGCAAGUUUUAACCGUACCUGCUGGUCAGGUUGCAGAAGAGACUAUUAUUGAAGAUGGAGAUGACGCAGAAGAGGAGGAAGAGCCACUGGCCAAGAAGCAAAAAGUGGAACAAAAUGUAAAUGACUUGGAGGAGAGCAAGGACAGCGAUGAAAGGGAAGUGCUACAGCAGCAGCUGCAAGAGGCGAACCGGAAAGCUCAGGAAUAUCGCAGCCAGCUCAUAAAGAAAGAGCAGGAAGCGGAGCAGUAUCGGCUGAAGCUAGCAGCCAUGGUGAGGCAGCAGCCCAACGGAGCUGAGGUAGCAGUGCUCGAAGAGGUCGCCGAGGUAGACACAGUUGUGGUAACCUCGGAAGACAUCGAGGGGUCUGCAUUGCCCAUGAUGGAAAUGGAUCAGCCAACUGAUAUCACUGUGGAAACUGUAACCUCCUAAUCCUGGGUUAUUGACUUGCUUUUGUAAAGGAAAAUAACACUUUUUUUUUUUAAUAAGGUGCUGUUGGCAAACAGUGUUGAGAGCAGAGGGCUGUUGUCAGAGCCACUGCACAACUGGAAAAUGAUGCGAUGGGGCUGCCUGAAUGGUCCCAUCACCAGGGAUAGAAGCUUCUACAGCAGCUCACAACGUAACUCUGCUUUCAGCACAGUGCCAAAAGGUGCUUUUAAAGCUUGACCUUGAAAGAUUGAAAGCUUUUACAAAUUUUAGCCAGCAAGUGACCUGAAGGCUUAUUUUGUGAUGUUAAUACCUGCAUUGUUGGGAGUGGAAAAGAAAUACCUCAUUGCCAAAGUAGCUGGUAUUAGCUCUCAGCUGCCAGGCAGUUGCAGCUUUGAAAACAGACUUUAUGCAAUAACCCGAGGUGUUCACUCCCUUCUCUGAAGUUGAGUGACCAGAUCUGGACCUUCAGAUAAAAACCAUUUCUUGGAGUGAUACGUUUUUAUUUACAAUCUUCUGAGGUGCAGGAGGGGAUUUCCCCACUUUAGCUAGGAAAUGAAUUGGCAUUGAACAAUUAUAUGUUUUGUUCCAAAAGUCUGCAUUUAGUUCACAGAGGCAAUCUUCAAUGCAAGAGCAAAGGCCAGGCUGACCGUGUGUCAGUUGGAGCGUUUCAAGAUAGCAGGGAAUGUUACAUUUUGCCUUCUUUGGACUGUGAAAAGUUCGGUGGAGCUCUACAUCAGAACCUUCAACCACCCAAAGGGAUCACAGAAGAAUCCUCCUCAAUUUUAUGAAAUUUAGUCAACUGUUCUAUUUGACAACUUCUGUGCUGAAGAGUAGCGCUGACUGAUUAUAGAUGCAAAACUAUACAUUUCAGCUCUUGCUGUAAGACAGCUUGUGAGCCAGUUUGUCUCUGAAGAUACAUAUGUCACUUUUUUACUAAACAGUUUUUAUUUUUAAAGAUGCUAAAAACCUUUUUUAACAAGCAGCUGAUCUUGUUACUGAAAUGUUUGUAUUUUUUUACUCUGCAGGCCUGUUUAUUAAAGAGGAUAGCUAAAUGCUUUCCUCUUUGCAGGCUUGUGGAUUAUGUGUUUCAAGACAGUGUGGAAAUUGAUUGGAAGGGCCCUGAAUAAUCGCAUAGCAAUUGAUAAUGAAAGCUUUUUCUCCCUCGGCAGUCACAAGCAAAAGAAGUGAAGUUUAGAAAAAUACCAUAUGCAUGCUGUUCUCUUGGCUGCAGAAGGUUGUAGAGGCUAGGAGCGACUUCCAGCUCCAAGGCCCUAGCAGCUGGCCUGCUUUCUGAAAAUGCCUUCUUGCAAGAUAAAAAUUCAUAGCUGUCUCGGCCCACAGUUUAUUGGUUUGUGUGUUUGUUUUUUCUUAAUUUCCAUGUCCUGCUUUUGUAACAAUUGGCAGUAUUUGAGGUAAUCAUUCAAUUUCAUGGUCCUUGCAUUGCUUUUUUCCCCCGUUACUUCCAGCGUGUCCAGAUAACUGUUUUCUGUUGGUUCAGAUACUGCCAAUGUUCACAUUUCUUUGCUGAUAGAUCAACCCAUAUCGGGAUGUUUGAGAUGUAACAAAAACUUAAGAGUUCAUAAGGCAUGAACUUAUGGUCACGGGCCGCAUUUGUUACCAUAAAAAAAAAAACCUGCUUUUCAUCCUAAAAUCACUCUCCAGGGCAGUGUGCUUCUGCCACAGAGCACUUGGCUCUCGUUGAUGGCGGUGCCUCGGGGGGUCAGCCCGUGGCUGAAGUGUCAUGGCCUUGUUUGUGCUGGACCCCAUGCAGGCAACAAAUGAUUUGUGAAGCUUUGCCGUGCUUUAACAGCUGGCGUUCACCCCGUCCCACGCAGAAACUCUUGUGUUGAGGCACUAGAGAAGAGCAUUCCUGGAGUGCUCGUGUCCAGCACCCUGCGAUUUAUUCGAGCUUUGGCCUCAAAGGGAGGUCAGGUCUGCCAAAAUCAUGUAUCCGGCAACGUUUGGCAGUGUUUAACCACUCGGGUUCAGUGACAGGUUUUGGGAGAGAAAGGUUUAUGAUACUAUUAUUGUAAAGGCUUCAUGAGACUUGCUGGGUUUUGAGAAUCUAAGUGCAUUUAUUUAUAACCAGUGUAGCUAUAUUUAUAACUAAGACUUUUUUAUCUUUUUCCAAAAGAUGUUUUGAAGAAGGCUUUAAUAAUUAUUUUUUAUGAAUGAAUGUUUGGAGAGACUUGGUUCCUGGCUGUUGACUUACACUCUGUGAAGUCAGUAUUUCCUUGCUGACUUCAAGCUUGUAUUAAGUUAUUUUCUUUUGUUCCCCAGAAUGUCCAAAAUUUGGGUCCAUUUGAUUGAACUGAAAAGUCUGUGUUGGAGGGUUCAAGACGGUAUCAGAGUAAAUCCAGACAGAUUCUUCUAAUAUGUUGUUCCAGAAACAUUACUGGAUGUAAAGGGACACUGUCAACUUUGGCUUCUCCGUUUUGCCUGAAGUUAGUCUAAUUAUUUGUAAAUUUGAAGAGCUGUACAGCUGAAGGCAGCUGUAGUACAAAUGCUGUGUUGUGCCUUUGAUAGCACUUUGAUUCUCAUGUAUUUCCAUGCUUCCCCUGAAAAGGGCCAGUUUUGCCAAAAAGUCCCUUCAGCUGGGAAACAAACUUCCCCUUCAGAAGAGAAGAAAAAAGUCUGUGGCAUUCAUGGUAAUUGGAUUUCAUUUAUAGAAUUGGAACAAAUAAAGCUGACAGUGUUCUUAAUGCUUCGCCUUGUGGGGGGAAAUCACACGUUAAUUUAUUUUUAGAAGUCCUCGCACACGGGGCCUGAACAAAGACCGAGGAGUAUUUGAUCUAUGCCCAGCAUUUAGAAAGAAUUAAACUCGUCUGUAUCCUCUGCUGUUCCACAGAAAGGAUUUGAGAUUUUUAGGCAGAGAAACAGCAGUUUUCUUGUCAGAUGUGGCCGUGUGGGUCUGUUGUUACUGGCGAGAUUAAGUGGCAGCUUCUGAGCGGGUAAAUAACCUCUCCUCUUGCACCUCCCACUGAAGUCAGGGCUGGACUUCGCCGUGUCAGGGCUUUUGUCACCCACGCCAUCUGAGUCCAGGCACUUCCCAGCAGGCCGUGGAUGGGCGAGCACAGGAGUCGAUGGGUUAAAGGCUAAGCAAGCCCCUUGCUCUUUAAGACUGUGCUAUCAGUGUGGAGCACCAAGAUCCUGCUGCCCAUGCUUCCAGCCCAACUUCCCGUCCUCUGCAAGCUGGGGAUUGCUGUUGCGCUCAGCUGCGUGCUUGGGCAGGCAGGAGAGUCCCAGAUGAUUUCCCGGCGAUGCUGAUGCAGAAGCUGUGGUCUGAAAUGAAUUCUUUCCCUUUUUCACUUGGCUGAAAAAGUCAGUGCGAUUUCUGUCCCACUGCAACCCCGAGGACAGUGAGGGCACAUGCAGCAGCCCAGCUCUGGCACCCUUGGGCCCCCUGCAGAGACCAGGCUCCCUGUGCUUUGUGGUUCUCCCCCCUCCCUCCCCCCCAAGUCCUGAUCCAGGACUGCUCCCUGGGACACAUUUCAGUUGUCUAGACUAGCGUGCCUUGUUUGUGCCUUGUUUCUCCUGUUUGAGGAGGUGACUUGGUGCUAAUUGAGCUGUUUUAGUUUUGAUUAGACAUCUACUUCCCUCUUUUUGCAGUAGCCAGCUAUAAACAGUUCCCAUUAUCCAAAAUGGAAGCAGGGCGUAGCAAAUCCUGUGGGGAUGAGCAAGGGAGGAGGUCACAGAAACGUGAGCUAAAUCUUCUGCAGCUGACUAUGCAGGGAUUUGUUUAGGCUGAAAUAAACGAACCCCAGGAUCGAGGGAGGCUGCGUGUGGAGACAUCCUCCAGGGCUUUCAGCUGGGGUGCCCCAUCCCUGCUGGUGGGAGCCCCUGACCCUGCUGCCUGCCUGUGGCUUGGUGCUCACCAGCUCUACCCAAUCUCUAUUUCUUUACUCUCACAUUCAGCAGACAGUUCCCCUGCCCCCCCCCCCCGUGCCAGGUGCAGCGCCCAGGUGUGUAUUUAUUGCAAGUUUUGUUUGCUGCUUCCCUGCUGCGGGUCCCUUAAGAACCCCGUUAGCAGACAAGGAACAAAGUGCCCUGCGGUUGCCCCGCAUUCCCGAUAGCUUAAUGUACAGGCUCCUGGUGUGAAAGCUCCAGCUUUUCCAUUUGUGUUUAGGGUAAAUGAUUGGAAAUGUGGAAAUUUAAACAUUUAUACAUUUUUGUACCGUUUCUUAAUAAAAUACCACAUCCUCAGUGA